AUGGCUCGCUCGGAGGGAGGCGGAUCAGCAGUUACCGGUGCUCGCGCUAGAUCGGUUUCGCGCCGGAACCUCGAAGACAUCGAAUUGAUCCUCUCCCAGCCCUUUCCGGCUCGCCCCUUCGACCCAGGGUGGACUACAUCCGAGCAGACCCAAGGCUUGAGCCGGCCGUUCAGCGAAUCGACCCAGCGUCACGCUCGCCUCGCAGAAACCAUGGGCGGGUCGGGCGGGGCGAAUGGAAUCCCCUUGUCCACUGUUGAGUUCGACGAGGUGGCGAGCUCAAAUGUGCCCGAUACGCUCGUUGGUCUGGUCGAUGACUUGACGGCAGAGAGGGCGAGGGCGGGAAAAACAACCGGCCCUGUGCCAGACUUUCAUGCGCGACGACCGGACACGCGCGUUUGCAGCUACGUCGACGUGGAUUACCUGCGGUCCAAGCUGAUGUCUGAACUCGCAAUCACGGCGGACUGCCUCUCGCUCUUGCGGGCGGAUGAAGGAGACGAAGUUUGGGAUGUCUGCGGCGAUUUCAGCGGGACGAAGAUGGCCACGGUGGCCGCAGACAUCGUUGCGACGAUCAAGGGAAGAGAGUGGGAGGGAGGAGCGCUAUUACUGCAGGCGAUAUCAGACCAGGCGUUCCGAAGCGUGCGGGACUCAAUGGCCGCUCGAAAAGUCUGGCCGCCUCUUGCGGUCGUUGACGAGCCGGAUAAGGGAGGCGACGGAAAGUCGAAGGGAAGGGGCACUGUGACGUGCUGGGACGCAGACCGAGCAGAAUGGGUUACGGUGCCAGAAGAUUUGAAGCUGGCUUUACAAAUCGUCUCCAUCAUCUCAACGCGCACACGUCGCUCCGUCGCUCUUGGCGUCAAGGUCCCCGUCAUCCUCCUCCCCGUCCUUACCGGCUCCCUCCUCUUCUUCGCCGGCGGGUAUGACGUCGACAUUGACGGCGUCGAAUACUUUCGGCUCUGUCUUUCCCAGAUGUACGACCUCAACGGUGUCCCGCUUCGAAAGAUCCUCGCCGCCGUAUCGCUCCUCAACAUCUCCCACGAACCUCUUCGCUUGCCUGACUUGUUCGACCCUGCAAUCGCCGCCGACUCGGACGUCAUGCCGGACGAGAUUGGCUGGACGGAUAAAGCGAAGGCCGCACUUGCGGGUCUUCGGGCGAGGCAGCGUCCCGGCCUAAGGGACAGGACCAGCGGAUCAGCGUGCGAUAAGGGCGAAAGGGCUGAGCGGAGCAGGACGUCCACGAACGAGGCAAGCACAACCAAUGUCGGCGGGAGCGGCGCGAGGCGGACGGAUUACCACGCGGUUCUACCGGACAUCUUCCAGCUCGUCCACAACGGCGGCAACCCAUUCCUACGGCAAAUAUACGAGCGCAUCUCCACUGACUCAACGUUGACUUCUAUGUCGGACACCAACACCUCUCCGACUCCGUCAACAUCACGCGCUUCCUCAACUCCUCCUCGUUCCGAUACCUCUGCUCCGUCCAGUGCCGCGCCCUCCCCUCCACAAUACCCGCUCGUCAAGCUCGACACGCUCGUUUACUCUCGCGACCAUCUCCGCAUCUGCGAGUGCACCGAGCUCGGCGUGGUCUUCAAGUUGGCCUGGUAUGGAGACGACGAGGUUGAGGAGCUCGAGCACGAAUCGGCGAUCUACGAAGCGCUUUAUCGCUUACCCGCCGCAUCGCGUUUCCUCGCACCGUACGUCGGGACGUAUGAAUGGUUCGGCAUCCGACUCGCGGUCGUGACGGGAUCGGGAGCCGAGGUAGGCGAAUGGCGGCAGCACAGCGACAAGAUCAUCAACGUCGUCUCUCGUUUGCACGAUGCCGGCUAUAUCCACGGCGACCUCGCUGCAAGGAACGUCCUCCAGUUUCCGGACGGUCUGCGCCUUAUUGACCUCGGGAGGGCGAGGAAGGCAGACGCCAGGGACCGCGCACUCGAGAUGAAGGAGCUUCGGCUUGUUCUCGCCGGCGUGAAGGACGCGAUCGACUACGAGGGAAUGUUCUCAUACCCUUGCAAUCGGUAG